AUGCUAUAGAAAAUAAACAAAUUGAUUAGAAGCUAUGACAAUUUUGGAGUUCCACCUAAUCUUAAUAUUAAUAAGUAAUAAGAGUAUAAAAGUGUAUGUGGAGGUGUACUCUCUCUUAUGAUGACAAUUGUUUUGAUUUAUAUUCUUAUAUCUGGCUUAAUUGGAAUAUUUUAAAGAGAUAACUACACUGUAAAUAUAUGGAACUAUUAAAGAUUGAAGUUUAAUAACUAUAAGAUAUGGAUCCAGAUCUAAAAGAAAUGAAUAAUAAAAAUUUUAUGUUUGCGAUAAAAGUUGACAAUCCGUUUAUAGACAGAUUUCCAAAAAUAUAAAAAAACCCUUUUACUAUUUCUAUGAGUUAAGUUUAUAUUGAAACUUUAAAAAAUGGGACUAGAACUAAAAAUAUCACUAAAACAUAUAAUUUAGAAACUUGUACAACCCAACAUUUUCCUUAAAUAAAUUUUGAAGAAUUUCAUUAAAUUGAAAAUUAAUUAACUCAAUAUCUUUGUUUACCUAAAGAUUAUCAAUUAUGGUUAUAAGGUACAUACAGUUCCUAUAUAAUGUAAUUUCCAAAAUUAUCUAUUUCAUUAUGUAAAUCAGAAGACUGUUAUUCAUAAUCUGAAAUUUUAGAAUUAGCUAAAAAUAGUUCAAUUAUGGUAUCUCUUUCAACAAUUAUAUAAUCAGCAAUAUUUAUGGCAAAUUAAACUGAAUACCCAUUAUAUUAAUACUUAAAUUCUGAUUUUUUUUUAGCCACUAACUUUGAUGCUGAAUCAACAGCUGAUAUAUUUUUUGAAUCUAACAAAAUAGUCAAUUAAAAUAGUAUAUUUAGUUUUUACAAUGAUGAUUAAAUAAUUGAUUAUUGGGUAUUCCCAAUUUAUAGUUAUAGAGAAAUUAAAGUAAAUAUAUCCUAUUAUAUUCUAGAAAUUCAAUGAUAUUCCAGGAUCUUUAUUCUCUGUCAUUUUUAGAUUAAGUUAAGAAUUCAAAUAAACAACAAAAAAAGUUAAUACCAUAGAUUAAUUUCUUUCAUAUUUUGGUGGUAUGUUAAAAAUCAUAUCUUCAAUAUUUGGAAUUAUUGCUUUAUAAUAUAAUUCUAUGGGAUUGAAAUUAUCUUUAGCAAAUUCAUUAUAUUAAUUUAAUAUUCCAGAAAAAAAGAAUGGUAAAAUUGAAUUUUCUUAUGAUAAACUCAUAAAUUAUUGA